UUUACCGCAGCUCCGGUCUUCUGUGGACACAAAUAAACCUAGCAUUUUCAGUGUCGUUAGCAGCCUCGCUGUACAACGAACGGCAAAGACUUGCUUCCUUCUGGCCUGGCUCAUCGGACAUUGCAAUCGCAGAAUACAAUCCUCUCCCAGCUUCCACAACUUUUUUUUUUUGGCGCGCUACCUCGCUCGGAGUAGCCGCGGGCGCAGUGUUGCUGCAGAAACAGGGGAGGAUCGAGGAGAUGGGGGAGGAUACCCGCAUGGUGCUCGCCCUCGCGGUUACCUGCGGCGUCUUCGUCGCGCUGCUCUCUCUGCUCGUGGUCGUUCUUCUCCGUCGGUGGUGGCGACGGCGCGAGGCGGUCGCGUCCAGCCGCGGCUUCGUCCUGUUCGGCAUAUGUUUCAAUGACAAGCAAAACCAGCAGCUGCGCGUCGUCAGGCCGUCCAUGGAGAGGAACCGGCGGUGGCCGUCGCGGGAGCGCCACCCCAGCGAGACAGGGGGCGACCAGGAGCCCGACCAGUGCGAGCUCGAGAGGUGGAAGAGGAUGUUCGGGGGCCCGGCCAGGAGCCUGUCCACGAUAGACGAGGGGACGGAGAAGGGCACGACGCCAAUCACCACGCCGGCGACCUCGCCGGACCGAAGAGACGCCCGGUCACUCCAGAUGACAUCCGUCGCCGUGCAAAGUUAAGACUUCUGUUCGUUCGUUCAGUUAAAAAGAAGAGAAAAAAAAAACUUCGUUAUGCCGCUAGUUUCUAAGAGCUGGUUCGAGUCCGUAGACAAAUUGGAACUCCAAAACAGGAAUGGUAUAGGAAAUCAUGCAAGAUAUAUCGUUUGUUGUUUAAUCUGUUAUCCGUCGUAGGCACCAUAUUGUAUUUUUUUUUCCAGUUUUAUCUGCUCGUAGAAGAUAUUUCUUUAGUUAGAAAUAUACGUGAGAUGAUCUCACUCAACAUUAAGUCAUUGAGCGCAGCGUCAUCGUACUACACACAGAUCAUA